AUGCUUCCCAAACUAUGGCUCACUCUUCUUUUCCUUGAGGUGGUGGUGCUUACCACAACCACCACGAGUACCGUCUCAUCUCAUUCACAAAUAUGGCCACGUAAUUUGAAGGAAAUCCCUCCUCGGGGAGAAAAGCGGCCUCCGAAGGAUCAACCGCUGCUUAAACCUGGUGACAAACCACCUUUGAUUCCAAAAGAUAAGCCACCGUUGAAGCCAGGAGAUAAGCCACCACCAAAAGAUAAACCACCUUUGAAUCCAGGUGAUAAACCACCGCCUAAAGAUAAGCCACCUUUGAAUCCAGGAGAUAAACCACCACUGAAACCAGGAGACAAGCCACCAUUGAAUCCUGGUGAUAAACCACCACCUAAAGAUAAGCCACCUUUGAAUCCAGGAGACAAACCCCCACUGAAACCAGGUGAUAAGCCACCGUUGAAUCCUGGUGAUAAACCACCUUUGAACCCUGGAGAUAAGCCACCUUUGAACCCUGGAGAUAAGCCACCACCAAAAGAUAAACCACCACUGAAACCGGGUGAUAAGCCACCACUGAAUCCAGGUGAUAAGCCCCCACUGAAUCCGGGUGAUAAGCCACCUUUGAAUCCAGGCGAUAAACCACCAUUAAAUCCAGGUGAUAAGCCACCGCCAGAAGAUAAACCACCAUUGAAUCCAGAAGAUAAACCGCCUUUGAAUCCCGGGGAUAAGCCACCACCAAAAGAUAAGCCAUAAGAAAUGGACCUGCGGAAGCUGUGAGAGAUAACCUACCACGGAAGGUGAUGACAAAGUCACUUGCUUUGAAGAACUACCAGCUACCCUAAUUUCCCAGUCCAUGAGAACCACCAUACUAAGUACGUACUUUGUUAUAGAUCUCACAAACUUUGCUAGCUAGCAAGCUUCAUAUUGUGCAUGGUGCUCUGUGAAAUAAUGGCUUGUAUUUGGUAAUGUUUUAAGCAUGUGUGUAUAAUAAGAGCUUCAAUAAGUACUAUGUUUGUUCUAGUACGUACGUACUAUAUACGUAUAUGGUACGUAUAGAAGCUCUUUCUUUAUGUUUUUUUAAUUACUGUAAUUAGCUUGCUUGCAGUGCAGUAGUUUUCAUCAUUUAAGCAAAUUUGUUUUAAAUUAA